AUGGAGCUAGAUAAAUGUUUAGAACUUCUAUAUGCUGGUCAAUUAUUGCCUGAAGAAACUUUGAGGGCUCUUUGCUUCAAAUUGAAGGAGAAACUUGUAAAUGAAUCAAACGUGGUCCAUAUUUCAACUCCAGUGACAGUUGUCGGCGACAUACACGGUCAAUUCCACGAUCUGUUGGAGAUAUUCAAGAUUGGAGGCAUUGUUCCAAAUACCAACUAUCUUUUCCUGGGAGAUUAUGUUGAUAGAGGCCUGUACAGCGUGGAGACAAUGUCACUGUUAAUAGUACUAAAGUUACGAUAUCCAAAUCGAGUACAUCUUUUGCGCGGAAACCACGAAUCUCGCCAGAUAACCCAAAGUUAUGGAUUUUACUCCGAGUGUCUGAAUAAAUAUGGCGGAUCAACUGGGGUAUGGCAGUGCUUCACAGAUUUAUUUGACUUUUUGGUUCUGUGCUGCAUAAUCGAUAAUGAGCUCUUUUGCGUCCACGGUGGGCUAUCACCCAACGUCCAAACAAUCGACCAAAUUCGGAUUAUUGAUCGAUUCCGGGAAAUUCCACACGAUGGUGCGAUGGCAGAUUUGGUAUGGUCCGAUCCCGAGGACUCUGGCUCGGAAAGCGGAAACCCCAACCCCGCCUCUACAGUAACGCACUUCCAGGUUUCGCCGCGCGGUGCAGGAUAUACCUUCGGGCGCAGUGUGGUCGAAAAAUUCCUACAACUCAACGGUAUGUCGCGAAUCUACAGGGCCCAUCAAUUAUGUAAUGAAGGUUACCAGGUAUACUUUGGUGGCCUCGUAACUACGGUCUGGUCAGCUCCGAACUACUGCUAUCGUUGUGGGAAUAAAGCUUCUAUUCUGGAGCUCUACGACAAAGAUCACAGUUACUUCAAUGUUUUCGAGGAGGCCCCCGAAAACAAGCUCCUUAACAGUACAGGACAUACCACCAACGAAGCUUAUUUGAAAGAGUUUUUCGGAGAAUCUACUGAAUCUGUCGAUAUGUUCUCAGAUGAAUAUCAGAUGGCAUCCGCUUCAAAACGGCAUGUUGAGUAUUUCCUGUAG